AUGUGGCUACAUUUGAUUGACCAGGCGAAAAACUGGCCAUUUUUGAAUUUUUCGCAUUAUGAAACGAUAAGUAACAAUGAUCCAAACAUAGUGUUAGUGUUUGGGCUUAACGGGCCUAACACCACUACUAGUAUGUCUAGAUUGGGAAAAGCGUGCGUCUUCUUAGGGUUAGGCCUAAAAGGAUAUUCAUUCGUCAGUUUCCGCGGUGUCAUAGUGCGAUGGCUGAGAUUCCUCGUGGGGGAAAGCGAAAAUUGGAAGAAGGAUGGAGGACCAGAAGAUUUCUCCGAUUCUGAUGAUGAUCUUGUUACCUAUGCUGACGGUCGCAAGAUGAGCAUCCAACAUAAGAAUGAGUAUCACAGGCAGGUCAGGGAGAGCGAGGGUUUUGAGAUCACUCUGGAUUUGACUUUGAAUGCUGCUAUUGGGGAUCCAAUUAUUCCCCAACGGGGUAAGGAGAGCAAACCCAAGUUUGUUGACCUCUCCAAGCUACAAAAUACGAAUUUGUGAAAAAUGUGACUGUGAACACAUCAUAUGCUGCUGGGAUGUGGUGUUAUAUCACCUUUCAAGGCAGGGAUGCUGAUGUAGAUGCUACUGCGGAUGAUGAUUCCAACGCUCUAAAGACUUUUCAAGCAUUGGCGUGGUGGGGAAUUAAUGGAGACAGAGAUGUGAAAUUUUGCAGGUUUAAGAAACCUUCUUUAGUGAUUGAAGGUGAUAAGAGAGCUCCUGAUUCGGAUGUAGAUGCGAAAUCUACGCAGUGAGCUUCCUCACUCUUCAAGCUCUGAUCAGUCCUCUACUGUGGUAGUUAUUACUAAUAGUGUAGUGUUAUAUACAUGUGUUAUUACUAUGACAUGAAAGAAGUGUUGGGAUAUGUCUUCUUCUACUCUUGUAGUUUAAUGAAGGGUUAUAUAUGUUAUUAACUUAGUUAUUACUAGUAGUGUUGUAGUGUGUUAUUACUACGACAUGAAAGAAGUGUUGGUAUGUGUCUUCUUCUACUUUUGUAGGUUAAUGAAGGGUUAUUUAUGUUA